AUGCGCAUCGUGCGCACGUUGCGCAUCGUCAAGACUGUGACGAUUUUCCGCCAACUGAGGUUGCUGGUUGGUACUUGCAUCGCAAGUAUAGGAGCCUUGUUCUGGUCGAUGGUCCUUCUCAUGGUGCUGAAAGUAGGCUUCGCGCUGAUAAUCUGUCAGGCGCUGCAAGGGUACAUCUUGGAUGAUCGGGAAAAUCUGGAGACAAGGCUUUUGGUCAAUAACCUGUAUGGGGACUUUGGCAAAGCCUUCUACACGAUGUUUGAGGUGACCCAUUCUGGUAGUUGGCCAUCAGUUGUCCGGCCCAUUGUGGAUCAGGUGGACUCCUGGUAUGCGGUACCUUUCCUCGCGUAUAUUACUCUGGUGGUCUUUGCCGUUAUUCGGAUCGUCACGGCCCUGUUCCUCAAGGAGACGCUGGCAAGCGCCGCGAAUGAUGCCGACAUGGUAAUGGAAGAUAAUCGGCGCAUGGCGCGUGAUUCGCAGAUGAAGCUUGAAGAGCUGUUUCGCGCUGCAGACGAUGACGGUGAUGGCAACCUCUCACACGAAGAGUUUGUCGAAGCAAUGAGCCUGCCUAGUGUGCAAGGUUUCCUGACGUCCUUAGAUGUUAGCAUUCGAGAUUGCCGUCCACUCUUCGACAUCCUGGAUGAUGGUGAUGGGCUCAUCACAAUCGCAGAAUUCUGCAGGGGCCUCAUGCAACUGAAGGGACAAGCCCGCGCUUUGGACAUUGUGGUGCUGCAGCGUGAGAACGCGAAGUUGAUGAAAGAGUGCCAAGAAAUCCAACGACGUGUGGGAGCAAUUUCUGACUUCGUGAGGUCUGCAAGGUAG